AUGUCGUUACCACACCCUCACAGACCAACUCGAGACGAGCUUCUAAACGUGGCCACUGGUUUCUGGCAGCGAAUGCGCAUUCGAUUCAAAUGGUUUACUGUUAGGGGAUUUCGCAAGUUCAAUGCCGAUGAUAUUUCUGCCUUCAUUACUUGGUUUGUCAUGAGUCAAACGUUGUGGAUAUUAAUUGGAACGACAACUUUCUUUUCAGUAGUAUUCGCUGUGGUUAAUAGUCUACAGCUGCAAAGAUAUGUGGCCAGAGCCAUAAGCGACUAUCUUACCUCAGAAACGGGAAUCACCAUAAUAUUUGAAACCGCUAUAGUUCCUAAAUGGAAAGACUCUCGGUUGUCUUUCAAAAAUGUGUACGUCUCACGGCGACCUACCCAGGUUACAUUAGGGGAGAGUCUGGAGAAACGUCAUUCGCACAUGGCUGCUGUUGGAUACGACGUUAGCAAUCACCCGGCCCUUCACCGCUUUGAAGGUGAUGACGACGAAUUCUCUAAGACGGCUUUACAUGACGAAGACUUCAACUAUACCAUGUUCGACAUUACGAUUGAUUCUGUGGAUGUGACUUUGUCAUUGAAAAGAUGGUUAGAUGGAAAAGGACUUGUCGAAGAUGCUGUUGUCAGAGGUGUAAGAGGUAUUGUCGAUCGCAGAAACGUUUUUUGGGACCCUGACAACCCAUUGGACCCCGCCCUAUUCCGUCAUGAAAGUAGGCCUGGAGACUUUGAACUAGAAAGCCUGCAGCUCGAAGACGUUUUGGUGACGGUUUAUCAACCAGGAGAUUUUCGCCCAUAUACCUCUUCUAUAUUCCGCGCUGACAUCCGAUUAUUCCGCAAAAGAUGGAUGUUCUAUGAUUUCCUAUGCGCAGAAAAUGUGGUGGGCCAAUUUGACAACUGCCUGUUCAGUUUGCAUAAACCCCAAAGCAUCGGCCGAACCAAUGAAAAAGACCUAAAAGAUGGCGACUGGGCGAGAAUGUCAAGGAUUCGGAUUGAUGGUGUCAAUAUUGACCAUCUACAAAAUUCUACAACAAUGGAGGGCCCAAUUUCUUGGAUUACUUCAGGAAAAGUUGAUGCAGUACUGGAUAUCAAGUUUCCUCGAGACCCUGAAAAUGACCUUGCUCUGAAUGUCAUCCUUGGCGAGAUUGCGGACGCCAUAUCCACUUCAUUGUCUACCGAUAUAACGCGUAUUCCUGGACAAAGGGAGCUAGCUAAGCCGCCGCUGACUGUUCCUCCGGAAGAGGAGGCCGAAGAAGAGACUUUGGGGGACUACAAACCCAAGGUAGUCAUUGACAUCGAUUUAAGGUUCAGAGAUUUAAAAGCUGCUGUUCCUAUUUUCACGUCGGAUCUGUCCUACGUAAACUAUGCCCUCAUUCGACCGAUUGUUGCCUUUAUGAAUGCAAAUCGGACCUUGGUACCAAUCCAUUGCCGAGUUAUCAAGGACCUUAACGAAUUCGAUGGGGCAUGGACGGUAAUGUUCUUUUUCUCUGGUCUGAUGGACGAAAUCUCAUUGAAAACAUAUGACGCUCUGGCGUACCAUGUAUCACAAUCCCAUAUGAACCGACAGCGAAUGAAGGCGGUUAGCUUGUGGAGUCUUCAGAGAACGGCGAGCGCUGUCAUGUCUACUCUGCGAUACAUGACAGAUCCAAUGUCUGCACAGAUGAAGGAUGCAUACUUGAAUGGUCAGCUGCAGUCUGGCUUGUUCAAUGCUAUACCACUUGGAUCUGAAUUCUAG